AUAGCGAUCAAUUAUUCACAAUUGUUAUUUGUUAAACAAAUAGCUGAUCCUGACCCAGCAACCGACAUUUUAUCGGUCAGAUAAGGCUACGCCAUUGCUUUAAUUGUCACAAACAAGAUAAAAAGUGUUUACUCGUCGACUCGAGCUCCGACUGUACUUCAUUAACGACAGUAGGCGAAGUUAAUACGAAUGAGUCGCAUACUGAGCCGGAAUUUGUUAGUUCUGCAACGCUCGCGAGUACUCAUCAUGGCUCGAAGUGCAUCCUCUUUUCUUAUUCAGGAACCAAAAUAUUCUUUCCUUAAAGAAUUAGGGCUGAAAGAAAAGAAUGUCGGCGUCUUCAACGGAAAGUGGGAAGCCAACGGUGAAGUUAUUCAGUCGGUCAGCCCCGCUAAUGGGAAGGUGAUAGCUGAAGUGCAAGCGGCUAGUUCGAGUGACUACGAGAACAGUGUAGCAGCCGCCCAGGAAGCAUGGCACCUGUGGGGGGAGAUGCCAGCGCCGGCGCGGGGCGAGAUCGUCAGGCAGAUAGGAGACGCGUUGCGAGAGAAGCUGCAGCCGCUAGGCCAGCUCGUCUCUUUAGAGAUGGGUAAGAUCCUUCCCGAAGCAAUAGGGGAAGUUGUAGAAUACAUUCACGUGUGUGAUCUGGCGCUCGGGCUGUCCAGGACGCUUCCUGGCACGAUCUUCCCGUCCGAGCGUCCAGGACACGUCCUCAUAGAGAAAUGGAACCCGCUUGGUUUGAUCGGUAUCAUCACAGCGUUUAACUUCCCUGUUGCUGUAUUCGGAUGGAAUAGCGCCAUUGCUAUGGUAUGUGGAGACGUCAGUGUAUGGAAACCUUCAGACACCACUCCACUGACAGCCGUAGCUGUUACCAAGAUCGUGGAGGGCGUACUGAAGAAGAACAACCUUCCCGGCGGGAUCGCAUCGCUUUGCGUCGGCGGCAAGGACAUCGGCCAACACAUAGCCAAAGACAACCGAGUGAAACUGGUCUCUUUCACUGGCAGCACUGCUGUUGGUCAACAGGUGGGCGUGGAGGUGCAGCGUCGAUUCGGACGCCACCUGCUGGAGUUGGGCGGCAACAACGCCAUCGUAGUGAACGCGGACGCUAAUCUCGAGCUGCUCCUCAACGCUGCACUCUUCGCCUGCGCCGGAACCGCAGGCCAGCGCUGCACCACCACCCGGAGGCUGCUGGUACACAACAAGGUAUACAAGGACGUGGUGUCCCGGCUGAAGAAAGCUUUCGCGGGCGUAGUAAGCAGGAUCGGUGACCCGCUGGCGUCGGAGACUCUCAUCGGGCCGCUGCACACGCCCGCUGCUGUGGACGCGUACAAAAGGACUGUCGCUGAUGUGGUCAAGCAAGGCGGAACUAUCGAGUUCGGAGGAAAGGUGAUGGAACGCGAGGGUUACUUCGUGGAGCCGACCAUCGUGACUGGCCUACCUCACGACUCACCGCUGGUGCAGUCCGAGUGUUUCGCCCCCAUAGUGUACUGCAUCCCGGUGCCGGACCUCGACACUGGCAUUAAGUACAACAACGAGGUCGACCAGGGACUCUCCUCCAGUUUGUUCACGGAGAACAUGGGUGACGUAUUCAAGUGGAUCGGACCGCACGGCUCCGACUGCGGCAUAGUGAAUGUGAACAUUCCCACGAACGGCGCGGAGGUAGGCGGCGCGUUCGGCGGCGAGAAGGCGACGGGCGGCGGCCGCGAGUGCGGCUCCGACUCCUGGAAGAGCUACAUGCGUCGCUCUACUGUCACCAUCAACUACUCGGGCGCUAUCAAACUGGCGCAGAACAUCAAAUUCGGGGACGAGUAACGAUGUAAUACUGAGAACAAAUGCAUAUUAAAGACUUUGUCAAGCAGAACGCCUACUUGGCGCGCGUUAGUGCGCUAACUUGACGCCGCACUAUGACGCUAAGAUGUGAUGUACUACCAUGGUAAAAACCGUCAAACAGACUGCCAGCGUUUGCAGUACGCGACGCUCUGUCGCGGCGUUAUGAGGCUUUAACGCCGGGCGUUGUAUUUUUUACAAAUUUAAUAUUAGCGUCCGAGUAAAUACUUGUUAAAAUAAAUAGAAUUAAUUAGAAAAUACCCAUGCUUAUAUAAUACGAAGAAUUGUUUGUAUAAAAUAUAUCAAUCAAGUCAUGCACCCAUACUCUUUUUCUCUGUGACCGUGAUAAAGCAUAUAAAAGUAAUAUUUUUUCCACAUCUGAAUCACUCGACAUCUCCAUAACAAACAAACUUUUCUCAUCUAUCGAUCUUCACUACGCUUUGGCGAAUGGUACGUUACGUCUAGGAGCGUUGGGCUAAUCUAGACAAUUUGUGUGACAUGAAAAGAACGUGACGUUAAAAAGCUACGCUAUAACGCUACUACGCAGCGCUAAGUACGCGUUCUGUUUGACAAAGCCUUAAGCCUCUUAUCGCGACCACUAGUGGCUCGGGCAAGCGCACAUUGGGCUACUAAACGCCGCUAGAGGCGGACACUCGAACGAUUAGUUUAUAUACUAUACAAAAUGUAUGAAAAACUCGACCGUAGCUUGUACGCUAGCUUUUACUGAUAAUAAAUAACGCUGCGACUGUUCAUAUAAGUAUUAUGGUUAAGAUACAUUGCGCUGCUCCAUAGUCGCCAUCAACUACUCGGGCGCUAUC